CUGUGACUCUCAAAGCUGUCCUUGUACCGAUUAUUUUUCAAAGCAGGGGAGCUGUUGAGCUGGACUAUGCUACAUACUGCAAAAAGCAUCGGGAACGUUUCCAGUACGUGUGCCCUGAUCCGCUGCGUUUUCGAAAGCAUUCGGCAGAUGCACUGGCAUUUUGCGAGCGUUAUUCCGGGCGAUGCCCAUCCGAGCAGGUUCCCUCAGAACCGGUUCCGUUUCAACAGAAAAAGGAGUACUACAUGCGUGAACUGGAGUACUUAUGCAAUGGACAGAAGCACUUUGCUGAGACAUACUGCACUAACGCAGUGGCACUGAAACUACUUCGAUACUUGCUUCCGUGCAUCCAUUACAAAUUUACUUGCAUAGACUCGCUUACCAGAGUUAUCUACACCGGGU